AUGGAGCAAAGCAAAAGCGUGACCAAGCUAAAAGGAAAGUCUUAAAAAAUAUAUAUUUUAAAGUUUUUUCCGUAAUUCAAGAACAAGAAAACUCAAGAUUUUUAAGGGAGUAACUAUAUUCGUUACCUCUAAGCUGGCUUUCUUUUUGCCAAGACAGACGCAAGGUGCAUGUCUGAGAUUCCCUUCCCAUCCCUUACAGAGUCUCCCUUCCCACUUCGAGAGGCUGUAGAGACGGACGAACGGGCGUGCGAGUGUAUACGCUUUUGAAGUCAUAACCAAUUUUCUCUUUUCAACAGGUUUCCAAUUGCUAAAGCUGUGUUGGCUUCGCAGCGAGCGUCGCGGGCACGCAAACGCCGCUAUGAAAACGUUAGACUCAAAGUUUCACUUGCAAUUCAUACUUGUGUUCACAGUGGGAAGGAAAACAUCACUGUCGAGUCACUUCAAAAUAUAUUUUUUCUUUCUUUUUAUUCGAAAACGACUACCCUCACUGCCGUAUUCUUAAUGGAUUUCUUUGUUUUUUCUGUUUUCUGCAGCUUGACUACAUUGUAUUUCUGGCCCUAUUCAGCUAUGUUAUUCUUGUUCGUCAGGCAACAACUCCUUCUAAUGUCGAGACCGUGGUCAUCGUCUUUGUCUGUUCUUUGUUUACGGAGGAAAUUAGACAGGUAAGGCAAGUCCAUAGGGGCGAGGUCAUUUUGGGCUGAAGCCCAAACGUAUAUGUUCAACCAAAUGUUAAAACAACAACAGGAACAGCAAAAGCAAAUGGAUGACAUGCAAUCCUUACUAAUGCUCCAGCAGCAGCAGCAGCAAACCACAACAUUAACGAAGAUUAUUGAAACACUAGUUCCGAAAUAAACAAACUCAGUUUCUUUAAAAUUCUUUGCGGUGCUUCAGGUCUCGGUUUACUUUAUUGUUAUAUAAACUUGAACUAAGUUGGCCUAGACUUCAAUCCGGCGAAAGACAAUCAGUGCUGUAACCGUGUUAGAUGUUCAAUUACUGGAGUUAGGACUUUAUUUCGACGUUUUUAGAAGGUUAAAAAUUUACAUUUUUCAUGAAUGGAUUAAAAUUGAUGCUGACAGCCGUAAUAAAGGCAAGUUAUUCGUUGUGUUUUAUUUGACAUUAAUUUACUUUUCUUGUUACCUUCCCAUAUAAACGAAGAACAGUCUUUGGGUCUUAUGCUGGGUGUUUACAAAACGGCAUGAUCAGGAAAAAUAAUCUUCUAGAGAAGGUGGAUCUAGGUCAAAAAAUUGUUGUGUUACCGUACAAGCACGUCAAAACAUUUUGAAGGAUUGCACAGACAAUGUACAUUUUGCCUACUUUGCUUAGCCCUAUCUUUAAACUCCUUUUGAAAUCAAGAAAUUUAAAGUCAUUUACAAUAUCAGAGAAAAGCCAUUCGACGGAACAGCGAACUUCACUCAUGGAACCGUUGUAAGCUUCAAUCAGGGACAAAAGUAGUUGACACACUUGUUGAAAAGGGAUGCUUUUAACAAACAUUUAAUUCAUUUAUUAUUUCAUUCCUUUUAAAGGCCGUAAAUCCCCCGACCCCCCGAAUCAAUGUUGUCUGAAGUAAAAAAAAGACUUGAGGGUCCAAAAUUCAACAUUGAUUUUGGGGGGAAGGGGUUGGGGUAGACAGGGGAAGGGGAUAAGUAAAUCCACUAUGCAAAAAGGGGCCAUUUUAGGGAAGUGUGUCAACACUUUUGUCCCUCAUUGUUGCUUUUGAGGAGUCAGUACUCGCUGCCGGAAAGGUCCCUGGAGAUGCAUUUGAAUAGGGCAUACAGGUGUUGAGACAGCAUGCACCCGGAGACGGGCGUAAAGGCCUGACUCUGCCAACAUCGCUGCGUCAUGAAACAGAAGACACGUUUUUUUUGUAAAUGCUGUUUCCUUUAAGAUGAUCCGUAUCAGGAUAAGUGAUCCGGGAUCACUCGGAUCAUGGUAGAUCAAAUGAACCGAUGAAUCCACUCUGGACAAGAAUUUGCCGGUUCAUUUAAUUUGAUCUACCAUUUUCCGAGUGUUCUCGGAUCACUGAUCCUAAUCCAGAUCAUCCUAAAUUUGUGUGUUAAUUUAGGCCAAAGACGGGAACUUAGGCAGCGAGGAACGACUAUUCCCAGUUUAGACGCCAAGCUUUUCAUUCGACGAACUAGAUUCGAAUUUAGGUUUUCGGCACAAAUUAGCCGGAUUUCAAGUGUAAAGGAAUUGAAAUCACUAGUAUUAUUCAUCCGUUAUCGGAUCAUGUUUCCCUGCAUGUUUCGUUUUUUGAACAUAAAAGCGAAAAUUUCUCACUGCCAAAGCCUUGAUGGACUACAGGAGGCGCUGGUAUUGAAGACCAUUACCUAUUGUAGACCAUACAAAAGCUAAUUUUAAUUUAAAAAAAAAAACAGGUUUCUGGGUUGCUUCGGUGGGUGGCAAAAUACAAUUAAUUUAUCACGCAAUAUACCAGGAGUUAGUAUACAAGUCAGUUAGUGUUUCAGUUUAGCCAGUUUUCAGCUGCUCUUUAGCUGAUCGAUUAAUCUUUUAGUUGAACGGUUUUGUUGUUGUUGUUCCUGUUGUUGUUGGUAGUGGUUGUGGUGGUGAUGGAUCAUUUGCCGGGUUGGCUGGUAGUUAGUAGACGACGGGCUAGUAAAUUGCGCAAUUAUGUAGCGGCAUAUUUUCGUGUCUUCUAAUUUAAACUGCUGCCUGGAUGUUUAAUCUUUUAAAUUGGCAAUUCACUGUAAACAUUUCACAAUUAACUCUGAUUCUCAUGUUUUGAUUCUGUUAUGGUAGAUACUAGAGGGAACAUUUAAAGAAUGGGCCUCCAGUAAAUGGAACCUUCUCGACGGGCUCGCUGCGGUGUCAUUCUUUGUUGGUUUUGCACUCAAACUUCACCAACCAACAAGCGGGGUUGGUCACCUGGUAUACUGUUUUGAUGCCGCACUUUGGAUCAUGCGCCUUCUGUCCUUUUUUUCCAUUAGCAAACGCAUGGGACCUAUUGUGGUGAUGAUUUACAGGAUGGUAAGACACAAUUAUUACAAUUCAGGGUUACGGGUGCCCUUAAGUGAGCCCGUAAGUUACCACGUAAAACAGAAACUUACAAGAGUGCUAAGUGCGUUCCACGCAACACCCGUAAGUAUACCCGUAACGGAUUCGUAAGUGACCUACUUAAGUGAGCACUUAAGUGCAGGUUUAUGCAACUGGGCCCUGGGCCGGGUUGCAUAAAACGCCCGUACGCUGCGCUACGAAGGGAGAGAAACCACUGCGAGCAACCGUUUCGUUCUUUGAUCAAUUUGCCAAGAGACGAAAAAUUGGAUUUACUGCACUUUUGACCCGUGUCAAAGGUUAAGUCAAAUAUGGUAGUCGGCUUUGACUUUACCUUAAUUUGACGCGCGUCAAAGAUGCCGCCAAAUAUAUAACCUCUUUCCUUACUUCUUUGAUCUUGGUAAAGGCGAAGUCAAUUGCGUAACAACUUUGACUUCAAAGAUGAAGUCAAAUGCGUCUAUUCCUUUAACGCUUGUCAAGGCAUUGCCAAAUAUGCUGGUCAAUUUGACUUUAUCUUUUGAUGCACGUCAAAGAUGAAGUCAAAGGCGUGGUAGCUGCGAACAUACCUUUGAUGCUAGUCAAAGAUGAAGUCAAAUACGCAGAUAAUGCCGAACACGGGCUGGUAUUCAUGGUAAUUGAUGUUUUAUAAUUAUUUUUGAAAAUGGUCUGGAAUAUGUACUUUUUCGAAGUAUUGUCUUAAAUGGACCCUUCCCCUUGAUCGAUCAAUAUACGAUGAUAGCGACGCAAAACCGAAGUACCACCGCACAAUUUGACUAUGGAAGACCGUGGACCCAACGAGACACCCUGCUUUUUGGCGCGGAAUUGUCGCGGCUGAAAGGACUCUCUUCGCCCGUGCAAGCAAACAAACAAGGUAGAUGUGAAGAUGAAAAGCUGUUUUUUUUUUCUGUACGAAACAAUUCAGCUUUCGUUAACAAAUAUCUUCACCCUUAUCUAUGAUGCGGUUUAGACCACGUACUUGUUCAAAAGUUAAGAGUCAUUCUUUUCUUUGCGUGAUGCAACAGUUGCUUAUCAGUCUUCAUGGUUGUUUUGAUAGGUUUAACCUUACAGAAACCAACUCUGAACAGGCACUUAUGUCGUGCUGGGAGAUUUUCUGAUUGUUAAAUCCGGCUCUUAUACUAUUAGACACCUUUCUAUUUCACAGGAUAGUUUUCAUCAGAUCAAGUCCUUUUUUCUCAAAAUAUAUAGGGCUAGUGGCAUUUCCCAUUUGCCAUUCGUAAACGGUCUUUUCCAUUUUUAACGGUCGAUGCCACCAUUAGCAACCAAGCCUUUGGUCAUGCUAAAUGUAAUACAUUCCCUGAAUUAAGUUACAAAAGGGCAAAAAACAAUGUUUUCGAAUAGUCUUAGAAAGAACGACGUUGGAACCCAAGCUGAAUUUUCGUUAAAAUUUACAAAAAGGGCUAAGGUCACCUGUUAUUGAUGUUAAUAAAGACAGUUUGUUAGUGUAUUUACUUAAAUUUUUCGGAAUUUUGGCGGGUCGGUGUGGUAGUGUAGUGUGGUAAUGGAGAGACACUAGGAUACGAAGGUUCCGGGUUUGAGGCGUGGUUGACCCUAGGUUGCGAUUUUCUUCCUUUUCAUAGAAACACUCUCAACAACAUGUCAAAAAUUUUCUAAGUGUCGCAAAAAUGACAGCGACCUUUUAAGAAAGGGACAACUGCAGUGGCAUUACUGCGAAAGUAAUGGCUUGCAAUCUUUGGAACCUAACACCCUAAGCUCGUAAUAGAAUAGGGUUAGGGUUAAGUCACUUUGGAGGUUAAAAUGGUAUAAAAAAUAGCCUGCGUAGCAAACUUUUCCGCUCGAGUUUUGUGCAAGAGACUAAGUUUGGACAAAGCAAAAAGAGAUAGCAUCCGCUGGAUAAACAGAGACCGACCUAAUGGCAGACACUCCGCGUGCACCGAAACAAUGGUGCCUUACCGAGACGGAGACCGUAACUUCCUUUGGCGUCAAAGCCUCUUGUAUACCCUUUCCUCAGUUCGCUCCUUUCCUCUUAGACGGAGCUACGUGGUUAAAGAAGACCAAAAACAGGCUCCUUCGCGGCUUCACCGAUGAUGGUUCUUCAGUACCCGAUGCAAGCCGCCGUACUGCUGAACAAAAAGUGAGCAUGCUUGAGUUCAUGUUUGGCCAAAUAGCAAAUUACCGUCCACUUAUCUCCAGAAACACCAUUGUCAAGAACUCAACAUUAUUGGGCUCCAUUUGGUAACCCAUGCAUUUCGGCUUCGAAGCCACCGGAGCGCAUUUCCUUGAUUUUUCAGAAAUCCAGCUCGAGCACGGUGAACGACCCGAGGAUCUUUACCAAAGAUUUAUGGCUUUUACAGAGGAUAACCUCCUUCGCAGCAACAGCAUACAACACCAUGGAGCGCUCCCCACUGAAGAUGAAGAGUUAACCCCACUUUGCCUGAGAUCAAGCCUGAGAUCUGGCAAGUUCUCUAAUCUUUACUUGAUGAAAUCAGUGCCACUGAAGAUGCUAAGGUAAUGCGCACCACUCCCUCCUCCUAUCGCAGCCUGCACAAGCUGUCAAUUGUCAAACCCCCCAAUCGCUUCCAAACACGCCCUAAAUCCUGUCCCCUCUGCAAACAGGCGGGCCGCGGAGACUUCCACCACUACCUAAACGAGUGAACUAAUCUUCCUGACACUGACCGAAAGUUCAUCGAAAAAGCUAGGCCGGUCGUGGGCAUUUUCGAUUGUCAUGAGUCUGAGGAAGAACCACAGGACUACCAGCCUGAGCCUACUAAAAACCAACCUACCCCCUAUGUAUUGAGAAUUCAGGCACGCCAAUACCCCUACCUAGACACAUUUUAUCGUCACGGCCCUGUCAGUAUUACCAUGGAAAGUGGGGCCACUGGUAACAUGAUUUGCUUGUCCACUAUUCAGAAGCUGAAAGUUGAGAUUUGUAAGAGUGCCCAGUCCGCCUAUCAGGGUGACGGAUCAUCCCCACUUAAGGUCAUCGGUGAAACCUUUCCUUCACUCGCAGACAACAUGUGUUCCAGUGUGAAGGUCUGGUCGUGGAAAACUUGAAAGUAGUGGUCCUCGCCGGGAGCCCCUUUAUGGAGGCCCAUGAUAUCGCUGGUCGUCCUGCCAAACGCCUGAAUACCCUCGCAGGUGGAUCCUCCUUCACAUACGGCUCUUCUGAUGAUCAUUCUACACAGCAAGCUGCGCGUCGCGCUGUGGUUCUCCGCGCUCACCAGGGUAGUUACUGCACAAGUGGAAACGAGUGCUUCAGGUUCAUCCAAGUACAACCUCAAACUCUCCACUUCCAAAACUGUCAUCAACCCCAAAUCCACCGUGAUCUUGGGCUGGAUUUGGAACUCUGGUGCCCUCCAGGCCUCCCCUCAUCGAAUUGCAGCCCUAGCGUCUUACACCAAGCUCCUCGAAACGCUUGGCAGUCUUAAGUCCUUUAUUGGGGCGUGCAAAGUCCUAGCUCGCGUUAUACCCCAGUGCUCAGCCUUACUGUCACCACUGGACACUUUUGUCGCAGGUCGCCAGUCUCACCUUGCUCAGUCAGCCCUUUGUGCAAACCGCUUCAUCACAUUCCUCCGCCUCGAUGAUCAAUUUAUGGACGGAAAAGGUCCAUUUGGCGGUAGCGUUCUAAAAUAUCCUGCUUGAAGAUUCCGCGAAAUAAGCAGCGUUGAUGCCAAAUUGCCUGAAACGUCAUGUGCCACUUGAAAAUGGCACAUUUUGAAAGAUUGGCAGAAAUCUUCAGAAAGAAUAGAUUGUGCGAAAUGAGCAGCGUUGAUACCAAAUGGCCUGAUAAGUCAUUUGCCACUUCAAAAUGGAACAGUUUGAAAGGUUGGCAGAAUUCUAUGCAAACAUCUCACCGAUUUUUUGAAAACCAACCUAACAAAAUUUGCAGUCAUUUGAGUGAAAAGGCGUCAAAAGGCCGGUUUCUUAACCCGAGAAGUUCCAAAAUCACAGUAACGAAGCAAAAGGAAAUGAGAAAAAGAGCGACGAGAAGGAAAGGAGGAGAAGAGAAAAAAGCAAUGGUUGCACUCUCAGUUUUUAUAAUGACUACUUUGGAGAUAGUUUUGGGCCGGAAAAAAACUGUUGGACGGAAAAGGUCCAUUUGGCGGUAACGUUUUCAAAAAUCCGGUUAGAUAUAUAGCGCCGGGCUCAAUAUUUUAUCAUCCCUGAUGAUGCUGUUAAUCGGUGAAAGCUUGGAUUGUAAUUUUUUUUUUUUAAUCAGCAGUUUAAGGCCUUACUAGAACAAUGAUUUUAUAUUUUUAAUUAUGCUGCUGAAGAACAACAUUAGGAGAAUAUUGAAGCCCUUAAUGUUUAAGGGAAGCUGUUGCCCUCAGCUCUUUCGCAUUUCUCAUUCGCAGUUAUAAAGUUUAGUCAUGCAUUCGGCUGCAUUCAAUAUCUGGCCGGGAACAUUCAUUAAACCGUAUGCAUUAAUAAUUCUCAACUUUGUUUGCUUGUUUGUUUGACUUUAGGCUGAGGAUUUGAUGUAUUUUCUUGUCAUCGUGGGGGUCUUUCUCCUGGCCUAUGGAAUUACUCAACAAGCUAUUUUGUACCCAAACGAGCCUUCUUCAUGGUCUAUAGUAUCUCGGGUAUUCUUCAGGCCUUAUUUUCAAGCUCACGGAGAGCUCUUUAUGGAUGCUCCAGACGUUAGUACGUAUCUUGUAGUUAACUGCAAAGAUUUACCCAACACAUUGCAAAGUUGA